AUGCUAGCGCCUAUAGGCCCCUUGGAUCUAACCACCUGCCUCUGGUUUCCCGUCACCAGUGAUUCUGCUGGACUCCAAGGCCCAGCAGACAGAUCUGGAGUGGAUCUCAUAUCCUCCCAAUGGGGUAAGUCUCUGGAAUGUCUCUGCUUCAUAGGACGCAAAACCCAUGGUCCAGCGCUCCUGGAUCUGGGUUUAACGGUGGUCACGUGUGAGUUCCUCCUUUACGGAUCCAUCCCUUUACACGUGCAUGUGGUCCUCUUUCAGUGGGAAGAGAUCAGCGGCCUGGAUGAGAACUACACGCCCAUUCGCACCUACCAAGUGUGCCAGGUCAUGGAGCCCAACCAGAACAACUGGCUUCGGACUAACUGGAUAGAGAAGGGCGAUGCCCAGAGAAUAUUCGUGGAGCUGAAGUUCACCUUGAGGGAUUGUAACAGCCUGCCCGGCGUGGUGGGCACCUGCAAAGAGACCUUCAACUUGUACUAUCAGGAGACAGAUUCGGAGGUGGGCAGGGGCUUGAGGGAGAAUCAGUACGUGAAGAUUGACACGAUAGCCGCGGACGAAAGCUUCACUCAGGGCGACCUGGGGGAGAGGAAGAUGAAGCUGAACACCGAGGUCCGCAUCAUCGGGCCCCUGACCCGCCGGGGCUUCUACCUGGCCUUCCAGGACGUGGGGGCCUGCAUCGCCCUGGUCUCGGUCAAAGUCUACUACAAGAAGUGCUGGUCCAUCAUCGAGAACCUGGCCACGUUCCCCGACACGGUGACCGGCUCGGAGUUCUCCUCGCUGGUGGAGGUGGAGGGCGUGUGCGUGAACGACGCCGAGGAGGAGGCCGACAACUCUCCCAAGAUGCACUGCAGCGCGGAGGGGGAGUGGCUGGUACCCAUUGGGAAAUGUAUAUGCAAAGCUGGAUUUCAUCAGAAAGGAGACGCCUGCGAACGUGAGUGCCUUUUUUGUUUUAAUAAAAAUAUCUUCAGCGCAAUAGCAUCCAGGCAAUAUUACUACAGCCCUUGCACCGUCCUCUCCUCACACUGCCGUCUUUCAGCCCACCUCCCCUUUUUAGAGCUGACCACCUCAUCCAUUAAAAGGCCUGCAGUCUGCCUUUAUCUGCUCCAGAAGGACCAACACAGACCAACGCACCUCUCCCCAAAGAGCCCCUCUCAAACACUUCAUCCUUACAAACGGAAUUACGUGACGGCCUCUUGUGGCCGGGGUUUCUACAAGUCUUCCUCCCAGGACCUGCAGUGCUCUCGCUGCCCGGUGCACAGCUUUAAUGAUCGAGAGGGCUCCUGGCGCUGCGACUGUGAGGACGGCUACUAUCGGGCCAUCUCUGACCCUCCAUCUGUGGCCUGCACACGGCCUCCCUCUGCGCCGCAGAACCUGGUCUACAACAUCAACCAGACCACCGUCAGCCUGGAGUGGAGCCCCCCCGCCGACACCGGGGGCCGUAACGACGUCACCUACAGGGCCGUGUGCCGGCGCUGCACCUGGGAGCCGGAGGAGUGCGUAGCGUGCGGUCCGAACGUGGGAUUCUCCCCCGCACAGUCGGGAUUAGUGGACACCUACGUGACCAUCAUGGACCUGCUGGCCCACGCCAACUACACUUUCGAGGUGGAGGCGGUCAACGGCGUGUCGGACAUGAGCCGCACACAGAGGCUGUUCGCGGCCGUUAGCAUCGCCACGGGUCAAGCAGGGCUAAUCGGCCUGAUCGCGGCUCACAUGAGGCAGGGGAACUUCACCAUGUGA